CUCGUGGCUGUUGUUGCUGCUGCGCUCGACGGGCUCGACUGCAGUCGGCACUCCCUCGUCACUGCUUCAGCGCAGCCGGUGGAAGUGACUUUUAACUUUUUUGGUUUGUCACUUGACAUCGUUCUGCUUUAGAAACCUCGCAAGUUGUCUCCGGAUAUUUACAAGAGGAAACUUCUGAAACGUUGUCGCGUGGAGAUCCAUCCUCAGAGGUAUGAUGGUGAGCUGCUGUGGUCUAAUAACCUCUCAGAAGGAACCAGUUCCUCUGAAGAGCGUGGAGGUGGAGCUGGAGGUGAAGGACCACGUGGCUACUGUGGUCUCCACUCUGAACUACCACAACCAGGAAGACAAACCACUGGAGGCUGUCUUUGUCUUCCCCCUGCCUGGAGAUGCUGCCGUCUGUCAUUUCAGCGCUACUGUUGGACAGACGGAGAUUGUGGCGGAGGUGAAGGAGAAACAGCGGGCCCGUGAGGAGUACGACGACGCUCUGAGCUCCGGUCAGCAGGCCUUCCUGUUGGAGGAGAGCGAGCAGAGUCCAGAUGUAUUCUCUCUGAGUGUGGGCAGUCUGCCUCCAGGAGAGAGCGCCUCCAUCAGGCUGGAGUACGUCACUGAGCUGGCUGUGCAGGCCGAUGAAGGGCUGAGGUUCCUACUGCCCGCUGUGCUCAACCCUCGCUACCAACCUCAGGGGAGCGUUGGUAGUGAAGGGUCCAACGUCCAGGUGACCUCUGUUCCAGCCUCUCUGGUGCCCUACACUCUGUCUUUCUCUGCCCGAGUGUCCUCUCCUCGUCCCGUCUCCAAAGUAGAGUCCAGCUCUCCCCUGGACCCUCUGCAGUACCUCAACACAGAGCAAACCCAGGCCACGGUCAAGUUGGCUGCAGGACACAAGUUUGACAGAGAUGUUGAACUGCUGAUUUAUUACAAAGACGCCCACCAGCCCUCUGCGGUGGUGGAGGCAGGACAGGCCUCUUCCCAGCCUGGCUCUCUGAUGGGUGAUUCAGUAGUGAUGCUGAGCCUGUACCCAGAGUUCCCUCAGGCUGUGAUGUCUUCAGUGGCUUCAUCUGGAGAGUUUGUCUUCUUAUUGGAUCGAUCUGGCAGUAUGCAUGGAGAGCGUAUAAAGAAUGCCAGGGACACUCUGCUGCUCCUGUUGAAGAGCCUGCCGCUCGGCUGCUAUUUCAACAUCUACAGUUUCGGGUCCAGCUUUGAACACAUCUUCCCUAAGAGUGAAGACUACAACCAGAAGACCAUGGAAGAGGCUCUGAAGAAAGUGGAAGAGAUGGAGGCUAAUCUGGGAGGAACUGAGAUCCUUGAGCCACUUAAACACAUCUACAGACAGCCCUCCAUUCCCAAUCAACCUCGACAACUAUUUGUCUUUACUGACGGAGAGGUGGGGAACACAAAAGAAGUCAUAAAUCUGGUGAAGCAGAAUUCAGCCUCCCACAGGUGUUUCUCCUUUGGGAUCGGGGAAGGGGCCAGUUCUGCUCUCAUCAACGGGUUGGCCAAAGAAGGAGGAGGCCACGCUCAGUUCAUCACAGGGGCCGACAGGAUGCAGCCCAAAGUGAUGCAGUCGCUGCGGUUCGCUCUGCAACCGUCCGUGGGGGACGUCUCAGUCAAGUGGGAUCUGCCGAGCGGAGUCUCUGUCACCGCUCUCUCUCCACCGAUCGCAGCACUUUUCCAGGGUCAAAGGUCACUGGUUUACGCCCAGUUCACUGGACAGAGUUCGGAGGCGUCAGAGGGCUGUGUGACGGUGGCCUACAGCCUGGCAGGUCAUCCCUCUCAGACCCAGCUCCACUUCAGUCUCAAACCUGCAGAGGACUCUGGACUAACAGUCCACAGGUUGGCCGCUCGGACCGUGAUCCGCUCUCUGGAGAUGCAGGUGAGAGAGCCUGGAGGACAGGAAGACGCAGGAGGGAAGAAGAAGGUGGUGGACCUCAGCGUCCAAUCAGGAGUGAGCAGUGUCUUCACCGCCUUCAUUGCCGUCAACAAAUCCAACAGCGAAGCUAUUCAAGGACCUCUGCUGCGCAGAGCGAUUCCAACACCCAGGAUGAUGGCCUGCAUGGCUCCUAUGGGGUCCUGUUCGAUGAGAAUGCCUGUGAUGUCUUGUGAUAUGGCGCAGCUUCCUCAGAUGUCUCCUAAGUUCGGAGGCGUCAGAGGGCUGUGUCAGGCAGGCAGGUCAUCCCUCUCAGACCCAGCUCCACUUCAGUCUCAAACCUGGAGAGGGCCGAUGGGAGGUUGUAUGCCGGAGUUUCAUCAGAUGUCUCCUAUGAUGGACCAAAGUGACACGCUUGAAAGCUGUCGGCCCAAACAGCCCCCCAGAGACCCUUUGCUGCAGCUGGUCUCCCUGCAGAAGGCGUCUGGCUGCUGGUGUCUGGAUCCACAUCUGGCUGCUGCACUGGGGAAGACCAGCGAGGAGGUGGAGAAGCCCAAGCCUGCAUCGGUGAAGCAGGACGUGUGGGCCACCAUUCUGGCUCUGAUCUGGCUUCAUGGUUUCAAGAUGGAUGCUCAGGAGGAGUGGGAGCUUCUGGCUAUGAAGGCUGUGUCCUGGCUGCGAGCUCAGACAGCAUCAUUGGUGACGGAGUGUGUGGAAGCAGGAAAUGCUCUGUUGGGUUGCAACGUGCAGAAAGACGCCGUGGGGCUCUGAGGUGUUCAUUGAAGGAGCUUCUCCUGCAGGAUUGGUCCCCUCUGGUACAUCAAAGCAGAUUCACUCCAUCGUGUACUUCAAAUCAAAUAAUCCAUUUCAUGUCAUGUGUCUAGCACAACUUUAAAUUAAACUCAAUUUUGAAAAACAA